AUGGCCCGUCCCCCAUCUUCCACCAGCGACGUCUGUCUGUACUUCCUCGCGCUCUUCCUCCCGCCGCUAGCCGUCUUCUUCAAGACCGGAUGCGACUCGAACUUUCUCAUCAACAUCCUACUGAGUAUUCUGGGCUGGCUACCGGGUGUUUUGC